CUCAUCCCUCCCUCCGAGUCUCUCCCCCCCCUCCCUCCCUCUUUCUCUGUUGUUUGUGUCAAAUCGGUGACCACGUUAUUAGGUACACCAUCCCGCAGCACCCACCGUCAAAAUGCAAUCACUGCCGUUUCUUUGUACUUGCCUUUAUUGUGUUAUGACGUGAACAAUAUUGCACUUUUGAAUUAUGCAACGCUCCAAAGUGCUCAGUGCAACUUGUGCUGUUUAAUAAUCACAUGGUGAUUAUUUUAUACAUAGUACAUACAUUAUUAUGUUCAUAACUUGAGCGUUUGUGUGCUUAUUCCCAUGUCGUCUCAGUUAACUUUUUUUUUUUUUGUACGAAUGAUAAAUAAUAACAAUAACAUUUAAAUAUCACGAAGCACCAAGCAUGCAACAAUGGAAGACAAAGUGUGUUGUUGUGUUUUAGAAAUGUUUCCAGAUGAAUGUGGAAACGUAAUUUGAGCAUUAAUAAGCAUUAAGUAAGACAAACGUGUGUGUCAGCUGGGUAAUGGCCUUUUCAAAUAUACAUGCAAAUGCAUAUUUAUAAUGCAUUUUUAUGUGUGUAAUAUAACUGUAGUAUCAAAGCAAACGCUGAUUAUGGAUGCUUAUUGGGAUGUAAAAUGGUGGAAGUAUAAUUUUUUUUUUUUUUAGUAUAAUAUUAUCAUCUAUUUUUAAAAAUAGAAUUAUUUGAACUUGAAAUUAAUGCGUACGCAAUCGAUGAACUAACGGAAAUUAGCAUCAAUGUUACACUAUUCGUAAAGAGAAUUUAAAGUAUAUUUAAAUCCAAAAUGUUCAACCAACCCAUAUAUUGGCAAAUGUCUGCUAGCUUAGUGCUAACAUUUAAUGUGAAAUGUCAUAGACAGGCUAAUGGAAAUUUGCAUCAAUGUUACGGGAAUUAUAAACCAACAAAAGAGAAUGAAACGUAUAUUUAAACACCAAAAUUGGGCAGCCAAUGGGCACUCCCGCUCACCAGACCUCAGGAUAGGUCACCAGGGCGAAUGAUUGACAGGCCGCGAGGGCCGAGCGACCUCUGCAACCUUUCGGCGACCUUUGACGACCUUCAGAGCUACUGAUUAACGUACGGCUGGGCUCGGCCAACAUUUCCGGCGAAAAGGUUCGAUUGUUGCGUCGCUUCCCCGGACCGGACGCUGCAGAACCGACAAACGAGCGCGUGUGUGUGAUUGUGUGCCACUUGAGCAUUUCAACAUAAUUAGCAUGACCACAACCGCUUUGGUUCUCACAGAGUUGAACACUUUCCUCUUUUUUUUUUUUUUUUUUCAUUCCGCUUUUCUAAAUCAUCUCGUGAUUUGUUAUCAGCCAAUUGAGUGUGGAUAUCUUAGAAGCUGCGGCUAAUUGGCUCGCUAAUCUACUCGCUUUCAUCUACGCACGCACACACACACAAACACACACACACACUACUUGGUCCAGUUUGGAAGGAGAAAAAAAGUUUGAGAUCAUUUUGACCUUGCGGCAAAAGUUGUGCAGAUUUUUUUCAGCACUGUAUUGUAAAAUAUAAAAACAAAAACAAAUAUUGUUUUUGCUCUGAACUGCUCUAAAAUGCCACAAGAUGGCACCAAAGACAGGAAAAUCGUAAUUGGUGUUCUAAGAAGUAUGUCGAAGUGACACAUCGUCACUGCCAUCUGAAGAUCUUUGAAUGUUGGGGAGUGGCUAAGUUUAGCCUGGGUUGUUCAUAGAAGUUAUGGAGAGUCUCCGAUGCGUGUGUAUGUACACGUCCGCUUCCGGUGCAUUUAUUUAUUUUUUUUUAAAAGAAAAUAAUCAGUCAUCCAUUUUUUAGGGCUAACGUUGUAACAUGAGUUUGAAAUGUUUUAUGGUUGACACGCACGCAGCACACUCGUUAGUGCACACUGCCCCCUCGUGGGCAAUGUGUAAAACGCAAGCGCUACAUUGACAGUGACACCUCAAAUAACGUGAGUGAAGAAAACGUCAGCUUGCUGUGACAGAACAUGUCCAUUAGUUGUUUAUAAUAAAGUAAUAUCAGUGGUAGAAAGUAAACAAGUACAAAUACUUUGUUACUGUACUUGAGAAGUUUUUUCAGGUAUCUUUAUUUUACUUGAGUAUUGGUUUUCAUUGGGCUAAUUUAUAAAAAUGGGCGUAGUAUGUAAUCGACGGUAAAAAUAUUUGUUUUACUUUUUCAGAAUCUGUACUUUUUGACUUUUACUUUUUGUACUGGAGUUGAAUCAGUACUACUACUAGUCCUACUUUUACCAGUCUGUACUUCUACUUAAGUAGAGUGUGAGUACUUUAGCUACCUCUAAAAUUAAGCAUGACAGAGAGCUUUUUCGUGAUAUUAUUAUAUUACAUCUAUUGUGUGUGUGUGUGUGUGUGUGUUUGAGUAUAGAGUGAACCCCUCAUGCUCACGGUUCGGCACUCACGGAUCCACCUUCUCUGAUUCGCUGAUUUCUUUCAAAUAAUAAAUGUUUUUUUCUUUUUUCGGGGGAAAUCAACCCCGAAAACGCUUAUUAACGGUUUACACCCGCUUAUUCAAUAUUUUUUUUGGGGGGGGUUAGAAAAAAAAAAUUAGUUUUUUUUCCUCAAUGCAAUUGUAACGGCCGUCAAUUAUCUGCUGAUUUUUACUAUUUGCUGUCCCGAAUGGCAAAUAGCGAGGGUCCCAUGUUUGUGUGUCGUGUGUGUGUGUGUGUGUGUGACAAUGAUGGUCAACGUAAAGAUGACAAAGAUGUUUGUAAAGAUGACAUUGUCACAUGCCAUGUUGUAUAUUGCACUUUUGUUAUGAAGGCAAUAUUAACGUCUCAUUAUCGUCGAUGUUCUCGCUCUUCUUGUUUCUCCUCGUCUGCUGAUACGCGAUCGAGUUUCCUGCCUUGACGGCGAUUCAUCAAUUAUUUACUGGUUCCUGCUCAAGGUCACCCUCGCACCUCGCGCACACACACACACUGGUUCGAUUCACCAGUCUGACGCACUGCAUACACGAACGCGAAGAGCAGGACGACGACAAAAGCAAUCCGGGACGCCUCUGCUGCAGAUCCAAGAAGCCGCGAGCCAAGUCAACAAGUUCAGGUGAGACAAACACGUCCGUCCGUGCAUCUUCUCCAGCGUUUCUGCAUCCAUAAAUCGUGGCUUGUUCGCCAUUGGUGGCAAACGUACAACACGCCUUGUGUGCAAGUCGUCAGUAGAAAUAAAAAUACAAAAAAAAAAAAUACUAAUAAUAAAACUGGUAAAACUAGAAGUACUACUUGAACUUCAGUACAGACUCUUAAAUGUAAUGCAUUUGUUGUUAAAGUCUUUCGGUUUGUACCAUCCUAGGGCAAUACGCUUAGCUAACGUUGUGAACUGACCAACAAAAAACGUGAAAUUACCAAAUGAUAACAACAACAAACUACAUCUUACAUGUAUGUAUUUUAUUUUCCGGAUUAGAGAAUUUGCCAGAAGCUGGCAAAAGACACCACCAGUUGCCCUAAAUUGGGCCAUGGAUGGGGAAUAUCUUUCUUCUCCCAAUCUGCUGCCCAGGAAACAUGUUUUUGAAAUGUGGGAAGAAUAUCUACGGAAAUCAUGAUGAUCUCUCCUCGAUUUACUCAAAUAUUGACUUAGUGUGCAAUUUGGGCCUGUUAAAUUGGGGAGCCGGCUGAUGGAUAUACAGGUACUCGAAGCUCCUUUGGGGGUUCCAGAAGCUUGCUAGUGGGUCUGGAGGCCUUAUAAGGGCACAAGAAAGUUCUAGAAGCACUAGUAAAACGACUGAGGCACACACCCGAUGACCGCACACUAACGUGCCGCAACACAGCGGUCGGGAACCACUGCAUUAUGGGAUGGAGCCCCACCUCCAACGAGACAACCCCCGCUGUCGCCGCCGGGACUCCGCAGACGCCGCCGUCCUGCAGCGUGGACGAGUCGUACAAGUACGUGUUCUUGCCCGUGUGCUACUCGCUGACCUUUGUGUUCAGCCUGGCGCUCAAUUCGGUGGUGCUGCUGCGCUCAUGCCGCGGCCGGCGGCGGGCGGCCCGGAACGCGUCCGUCAUCUACAUGGUCAACCUGGCCGCCACGGACCUCAUGUACGGCCUCUCGCUGCCCUUCCUGGUGGCCAGCUACGUGCUCAGAGACCGCUGGAUGUUCGGGGACUUCAUGUGCCGACUGGUCCGCUUCCUCUUCUACUUCAACAUCUACGCGUCCAUCUUCUUCCUCACGUGCAUCUCCCUGCACAGAGAAUUUGCCAGAAGCUGGCAAAAGACACCACCAGUUGCCCUAAAUUGGGCCAUGGAUGGGGAAUAUCUUUCUUCUCCCAAUCUGCUGCCCAGGAAACAUGUUUUUGAAAUGUGGGAAGAAUAUCUACGGAAAUCAUGAUGAUCUC